UGAACCCACCCUUACGAGCGCGUGCUCCAUUCGUGUUGUUGUUUUAUUGACCAAUAGCAUGUAGGGUACAAAGAGCAACGGGUUAAUGUACGUCCCUUAGAGGGAAGGUUCGAGCUAAAAGUCCAAAGGAUUAUCAAAGUCCUUCACCGAAAAGCUUGAAGCCACUCCAGCCGGUAUAGCAGUGAAAACCGAAGGGAAAGAUUUGGAAGAAGUUCAACGAAUUAGGAACAUACACAAUAGGACAAAGAUGCUACUGUACGUGGUAAGCGUCGUUUGUAACGUUGCACUGUGGCAGACGGUGUUUUGGAGUCUGGCUCCCAAAGUCAACCUUUGGAUUUUCCCGAGCUACAAGAGUCUGGAGAAAAAACUCAAGCUUGAAAUGAACAGGAACGUGAGCUCUACUACCUGCAGCAUCAUUCUGUCUGUCCUAUCUUGGUACGUCUUCCUUUUAAGACCUGACGUCAGCCCUAAACAUGUCGAGACGGAUCAACCAGUCGUGCGUUUCACCGUGUCAAUUUUCUUAGGCCAUACCAUCUCAGAAAUCCUUGCUAUGGCGUACCAGGGAACAUUACUGGAGGAAAAGGCCAUGCUGUGCCAUCACGUGUCUAGUCUGUUCUCUGGAUACGUCGGUGUGAGAGGUAAAGGUUUUUCAUACUUCGUGGUCAUGUUCCUGAUGUCGGAGUUAUCCACGCCGUUUGUUUCAUUGAGAGAAAGUUUGUACUUCACCGGGAAGGUCAAAUCCAAAGCAUACACUAUAAACGGCUACGCAAUGGUCGUCACAUUCUUUUUGGGCAGGAUCGCCAUUAUACCAUACUACUGGUACCACAUGUACCCCCACGUCGUGUCGGGGAAGGUGUUCCAAGUGGGCUGGGAUGCCGCCGUCACUGCGAUCUUUCUCUGGACCGUCUUGAACAUCUUAAACAUUUACUGGUUCUAUAAGAUGUUAAGAGGUGCUUUAAAACACUUGAUAUCAAAUAAGAAGAAUUGA